UCUCCUCGAGUCCCCCCCGGCGGUGGAGAGGGUAACUCCUCUCAGCGGAGGAGAGCGGACCUCUCCUGCACCUGUCCCCUCAGCGGCGCUGCCAAAGCCAGAAACCAGAAGUUGGAAACCGGAACUCGGCUUCACAAUGAGGCUUGGAGCGCAGGUGCAGCCGCUCCAUCCAUCAUCUGUGCUCACCACUCGCCACGCAAGAAUUUCUCCUCGCAUUUGGCGAGCGGCCUUUUCAAGCCCUGGGGU